AGCAGUAUAUAUAAAAUGAAUCUUGCCGGCAUUUUUCCUGUGUACAUCGGUAUUUUAAUUAUUUGUGUAAAAUGUGAAUUUACAUUAACAUUUGGAUUUAGUAAUAUUCGUUCCAUGAUAGAAAAUAUACAAUGUAAUUUUAUGGAAUGUUGUACGAACGAAUAUAUUUUGUCUGACAUUGAUAAAUUAGAUGAAAUUUUUAAUAAAAAACUUUAUGGUCAAGAAAUGGCUCAACAUGUAAUUAUAAAUGCUUUACGUGCACAUUUAACUUCAAAUAAUCCUUCAAAAGCUUUAGUUAUGAGUUUUCAUGGUCCACCAGGAACUGGCAAAACUUAUAUAAGUCAAAUGAUUGCUAACUUUCUUUAUAAAAAAGGUGAUCAAAGUAAAUUUUAUCAUUUUUUUAAUGGUCGUAAUGAUUUUCCUCUGCAAGAUAAAGUAAAUGAAUAUAAGGAUGAAUUAUACAAAAUUAUUAUUGGUAGUUUACAAAAAUGCGAAAGAUCAAUGUUUGUAUUUGAUGAAGUAGAUAAAAUGCCAGAAGGUCUACUAAAUGUUCUUGUACCAUUUUUGGAUUACAAUACAUGGGUCAAAUCAUGGAGAUUUACAAGUUAUAUAAAUGCAAGAAAAGCAAUUUACAUAUUUUUAUCUAAUACAGGUAGUGCAAGAAUUACGCAACGUUUAUUAACACUUUGGAAGGAAGGCAGACAGAGGCAUACAAUUAAACUUCAAGACUUUGAAAAUUUAAUAAGUGUUGGAGCAUUUAAUGAAAGGGGUGGUUUCUACCAUAGUGAUACAAUAGAUUCUAAUGUUAUAGACCAUUAUAUACCUUUUUUACCACUUGAAGAAGUUCAUGUAAAAAAAUGUUUAAAAAAAAUUUUCAUGGAUAGAGAAGUAGAUCCUACUAAUGAGAUGAUAGAAGAAGCAUUAUCAUAUGUAAUCUUUGGACCAGCUCCAUAUAAUAUUUAUGCAACUACUGGCUGUAAAAGACUAGAACAAAAAGUAGGUACUAUUAUAUAUGCCAAUAAAAAGCAUAAAUUAGAACUUUAAAUAUAUAUAAAUAUUGUAUUUUUAUGUUAAUGUUUCAAUAAGAUCUAAAUUUUAUUGAUUUUUCUUAUUGGCACAAUUAGAAGAUGUGUAACAAUUAAAAAAAUACAAUUAAUUUCUUACAAUAAUACAUGUAGCAUUUGAUUAUUUAUAAUUAUGUAUGUAUAUGUUAUUUAAGAAAUAGCUAAAAUUUGUCAUUAUCAACAGUACAGAAUUAUAAUAUAUACAAUUGAGUCUUGGCAAUUGACUUUAAAAUAUAGUCAUAAAGAAGAAAGCUGUCUAGAAAUAUGAAUAUUUAAGGAUAUUUUUUUUAUAUGAUUCUAAUAUACAGCAAUAGACAACUUUAAUCUUUAUGACUUUUUAUAUCUUUAUUCGUACUGUUAUAUUAUAUCGAAAAUAAUUAUAAUUUUUUUUGUCUAUACAAAUAGCUAAAUAUAUAUUUGCUUUUAUGCAUUCAGUUCCCGUAUAUGAAUAUAAACUUUCUAUUUAUAUAUUUGUGAUACAAUCUCAAAUAAUGAGAACAACAAAAUAAAUUGUAUUUUUAUACCAA